AUGUCAAUAGAUGACCUUCGUGGAAUGUUACCAUCGACGUUUACAGUUGAAGGCUCAGCAGGAUUGCUUACAAGAUUGUCAAUUGGUAGCGUUUGGUCUCGUGAGAACAUUGUUAUAAAAUCCAGUAUAAGUGAAUUUGCUGAAGAAUCUAUAUUAUGUCUUUCAAACUACAUGUAUUCGCCACCGAAGCAUUAUAGUAUAACAAACUUUGUCAGUAAGUUUAACAUAAGACUUGUCGAACCUUCUUCAAUGAAAGAUGUUGUGCUACCUAAAGAUGGAAAGGAUGGACUCAUUAUUGAGAUGAUUUUAAUUGCAUAUUAA